UUUGUCCCCUUCAGCCAAUGGGUUCCAUAAUUCCAUUCACAUGUACAUUUUUGUCCAGCAUUCAUGGAACUCAUCUUGCUUAAUGUAUCCAUCGUUUCAGCCUUGUCGUCAACGAUUCCUCGCUUUACAAACUAAUAUAAAUACUAAUAUAGUUGAUCAUAUGUGCUUUCGUUUACCUGUUGUUACAAGAGGAGCGAUAUCUAUUUACUGUGUCUAUGUCAUGUCAUGGCUCCAAACAAGGGACUCGCUAAGAAAAGGAAAAGGGAGAAGCAGAAGGAAGCAGAUGGGUAUGCAGAGGCCUUUUCAGAUAGACAACAAAAUGACGAAUCAGAUUGGUGGCAUGAUUUCUUACGCAGAACUUCCACUUCAGCCUCAGUGGGUAUGGAUAAUGAAGCAGAGAAGUUCAAGUCAUUUUUCAGAGUUUCAAAGAAAACAUUUGAUUAUAUCUGCUCUCUAGUUAAGGAAGACUUCCUAUCAAGGCCAUCAUCAAGUUUGGUAAAUGUUGAAGGUAAGGCACUAUCAGUUGAGAAUCAGGUGGCUAUUGCUCUAAAACGAUUGGCUUCAGGUGAAUCUCAGCUUAGUGUAGGAGAGGCAUUUGGUGUGGGGCAAUCAAUAGUUUCUCAGGUGACAUGGAAAUUUGUUGAAGUUAUGGAGGAACAUGGUCUACAGCACUUAAAGUGGCCUGAUGCAAGUGAAAUGGAGAAGAUCAAGGGCAACUUUGAAAGGAUCCAAGGUAUGCCUAACUGCUGUGGAGUCAUUGACGUGACCCACAUUGUCAUGUCCUUGGCAUCAAGUGAAGCUUCAGCUGUCUGGCAUGACCAUGAAAGCAAUUACAGCAUGCUUUUGCAGGCCGUUGUGGAUCCUGAUAUGAAAUUUCGUGAUAUUCUGACUGGUUGGCCUGGAAGUUUGAAUGAUUACCGUCUGCUGAAAAAUUCUUGCUUUUUCAGACUUUGUGAGAGUGGGAAGAGGCUAAAUGGCAGAGUGAAAGACUUGGCACAAGAACUACAAAUUCGAGAAUACGUCAUUGGUGAUACAGGUUACCCUCUAUUGCCAUGGCUUAUCACUCCUUAUCAAGGAAGAGAAAAUUCCCCUUCUAAAAUGAGGUUUAAUGCAAGGCACCAUGCCACAAGAAUGGUUGCAGAACGUGCAUUGGCACGGUUCAAAGCAACAUGGAGAAUUAUUGAUGGUGUGAUGUGGCGGCCAGACAAGCAUAAAUUGCCUCGGAUAAUCCUUGUUUGUUGCUUGUUACAUAACAUCAUCAUUGAUCUAGAAGAUGAAUUGCAACAAGAUGUUGCAUUAUCCCAACAUCAUGAUGCAGGUUACAAACAGCAGCUCUGUCAAUGUGUUGAUUCAAAUGCUGAAACACUAAGAGACAAAUUGACUACUUAUUUAUCAGAGAACUUACAUUCCUGAACUCCAGAAUUUGCAGUUUUUCCAUUUGAUUCCUUCUUUUGUUAAUAUUCUUUACACCAUUAAUAUCUACUUUAUGAAGCAUAGGAAGGAAGUCCACUUCAGUCUAGGGAAAUCUACACAUUUCAAGUGAAUCUGGAAGAUAUUUGAAAUUCACUUAUAAAUCACAAUCCUCUUGGAUCUGUUACAGGGACAUAUCCUUGUGACGGGAUUCUAUUCCAUAUUAACAUUCUCCAACAAUCACUAUUACUAUUAAGGAUACAGACAUAAAUAAAGUGAAGUUCACUGUGUCUA